GUAAUCGGUGACGUGCAGCACAAAUAGAAUAUGAGCGCUCCCGCAGCAGGUGCUACCGCCGGAGGCGAUGACGCCGCCGAUAGAAAUGUCGAAAUGUGGAAAAUUAAACGGCUCAUCAAAAGUUUGGAAUUAGCCAGAGGAAAUGGAACUUCUAUGAUUUCGCUGAUCAUUCCACCAAAAGAUCAAGUGGCUAGAAUCCAGAGAAUGUUGGCCGAAGAGUACGGAACGGCAUCUAACAUCAAGUCUCGUGUCAACAGACUUUCCGUUUUGGGAGCUAUCACAUCAGUACAGGGAAGAUUGAAACUCUACAACAAAGUCCCACCAAAUGGAUUGGUCGUUUACUGUGGAACAAUCAUGACCGACGAAGGAAAGGAAAAGAAAGUUAACAUUGAUUUUGAGCCAUUCAAAGCAAUCAAUACUUCAUUGUAUCUCUGCGACAACAAAUUUCACACCGAAGCUCUUCAAGGUCUUCUUGCUGACGAUAACAAGUUCGGAUUUAUCAUUAUGGAUGGAAACGGUUGUCUGUUCGGAACACUCCAAGGAAACACUCGUGAAGUUCUGCACAAGUUCACUGUCGAUCUUCCAAAGAAGCACGGUAGAGGAGGUCAAUCUGCUGUCCGUUUUGCUCGUCUCCGUAAUGAGAAGCGGCACAAUUACGUCCGUAAAGUAGCUGAAAAUUCGGUGGAACAAUUUAUCAAGAACGACAAGGUUACAGUUGCUGGACUUAUUCUUGCUGGUAGUGCAGAUUUCAAGACAGAGUUGGGACAAUCUGAUAUGUUUGAUCAAAGACUUCAAGCCAAGAUGAUCAAGACUGUCGAUAUUGCUUAUGGUGGUGAAAAUGGUUUCAACCAAGCUAUUGAACUUGCUGCCGAUACGCUGGCAAGUGUUAAGUUCAUUCAGGAAAAGAAACUGAUUGGUGGAUAUUUCGAUGAAAUCAGCCAAGACACUGGAAAAUACGUUUUCGGAGUUAAAGACACUCUUGCCGCACUUGAAAUGGGAGCUAUUGAAACUCUCAUCUGCUGGGAGAAUUUGGAUAUUGUUCGGUACAAGAUGAAAAAUUCACUCGGAGAGGACAUUCUUCUGAAUCUGAGACCUGACGAGGAGAAGGACAAAUCUCAUUUCACCGACAGUGAAACUGGACAAGAUAUGGAAAUUAUUGAGACUAUGCCACUUUUGGAAUGGUUUGCUAAUAACUACAAGAACUUCGGAGCAGCUUUGGAAAUCGUCACAGAUAAGUCGCAAGAAGGAGCCCAGUUUGUUCGAGGAUUCGGAGGUAUCGGAGGAUUGCUCCGUUAUCGCGUUGACUUGGCUCAUGUAGACCUUGAAGACGAGCUCGACAACAUUGACCUUGAUGACUAUUCACGGGCGGCAGUAGUGAGCCAUUGGGCGCCAUACUCGUUUCUUUUGUUAUUUAAGCUUGUAUCCUCUUUUUUCUUUAUCAAUCUCUUCAUAAAUUAUCCAGCAUUGUCAAAUUAUAAUAUUUCCCUUUCUCAAUCAUCAUCAUCAUUAAUUGCUAUAUCCCAUACCACACUUUAUUCUAAGUUUCUAUUCCAUUUCAUCGAGUUUGCGCCCCGUGUCCCUCACUACUGUCGUUUCGUUUGGUCUGUUGAUGCUUUUAGCUCAGCUGGCAAGGCAUCUCACGUCUGCCAGCAUACUGAAAAAGAAACGUUCCACGCCCGGAACGAAGAUGCUAUUGGCGGCUUGUUCAACCGGACAAAGGUAGAGGCACGGGCGACACACUCACACUCGAUGACUUCAACCCUUUCGCUUCCUUCGGUGGAUGUUUCUACUCGCAAUUCCAAUGACUUUUAAUUGUCAAAUUUAUGGGUUUUUCUAGGUUUUCUAAAGUUUGUUUUGGAAAUACCUAGAAUUAAACCAUUAUUUUAUUUUUCUUAAUUCAAAUUAGUAUGUGGUUGAAUCAAUUUUGUAUUAUCGGUGACUGUAACUGAUAAAUAUGUUGGUUAAAAAUAAAGCAUUUAUAAAAUAA